AUGGCUGGCAUAAUUUCGAAGCUGAAGAGUGGGGUGACCAACAACAAUCCCCCACCAUUGGAAAGCAACCCCAUCAUGCAGUACUUCGAAGUGGGGAAGGAAUGCAGUACAGCGGGCCCGGGGCUGGUGUGGCGUGUCCAUGAUGCCUACAGGAAGAGCGAUGGAAAGGAAUGCUCCGUAUUCGUAUUCGAUAAACGAAUUGCUGAGAAGUUGUAUAAGCCGAAACGAAAAGAGAGCAUGCUGGAUAGGAUCAGAGGUUGCGUGUCCCAACUCGAGAAGAUGCGUCAUCCUAAGAUGCUACAAAUCAUCCAUUCUAUAGAAGAAGGACACAACACCAUCGCUUUUGCAUCUGAACCGGUCCUUGCGUGUCUGCAUAACAUUUUGGCUUGGCAUGAAUCAUCGCCUAUUCCUCCCGGAGGUCAGCAGCCGAUCUUCCCGAACCCGAUCUCGCUGGGGCCCCCCAGCGUGCAGCAGCAGCCGCCGGCGCCCACGCAGCGCCCGCCCUACGCCAAGGAGUACUAUUUUCUGGACAUUGAGCUACGCUACGGCAUCCUGCAGAUAAUCGAGGCUCUGCACUAUCUGCACUACACAGCCCGCCAGAUCCAUCGCAACGUCUGUCCCCAGGUCAUAAUCGUCACCAAAAGAGGCACCUGGAAGCUCUUCGGCCUGGAAUUUGUCGAGAACAUAAUUGGUCACGAUCCUACCGAGAUGAUUGCGGUGCCCCCGUGGUCCAUCAAGGUAGCCAAGAUAUCGCAACCGAACUUGGACUUUUUGGCUCCGGAGGUGCAGAUGAACGGACAGUGCAACAUUCUGUCUGACAUGUUCUCACUUGGACUGGUCAUCUGCGCUGUCUUCAACAACGGGAAAUCUCUUCUGCAGGCAAAUAACAACCCUAUGCUAUACAUGAAACAGAUCGAGUUCCUGGAUCAACAAGUGAACGCCGUCUUGCCCCGCGUGCCGGCCGCGCUGCAGGAGGCGGUGCAGCGGCUGCUCACGCGGGACCCCCACCCCCGCCCCACCACUCAGCUGUUACCACUCAUCCAGUAUUUCAAAUGCAAGAGUGAGCCAGCCAUCAGCGCCAUGCAGUUUCUGGACGUGAUAACCAUGAAGGAUCCGAAUCAGAAGACCAACUUCUACCGCGGCAUUUUAAUAGACGCUUUGCCCUACAUUCCAAAGAAAUUGCGCUGGCAACACGUGUGGCCAGCCUUGCAGCUGGAAGUGCGCACCGCCGAAGUGCUGGCCGCCGUCCUGCAGCCCAUCAUCUGGCUCACCAACGAGGCUACCCCGGAUGAGUUCUCUCUUUACGUGUUACCGACACUUAAGAAUUUAAUGAAUUCACCUAAGAGCAUCCAAGCUUCAGUGACCAUUUUGGAAAACCUACAUAUAAUCCUGAAGAAGUGCCAAAAGAACGAGGUCAACAACGAGAUCAUGCCGCUGCUGUUCACCGCCCUCGACAACAACACCAAUCAGAUACAGAUAGCUUCGUUGAUUGCUAUUCAAAACGUGUCUGAUUACAUCGACGAUAAAUCUCUGUACGGCGUAGUGCUUCCUAAGGUGAAGGUUCUACUGGAGAAGAAUCAGAGUGACGUGAAAGUUAUCAGCCUCAUCCUCGGCUUUUACGAGAAGAUCUUGUCGCGUUUGGAGAGAAACCACCUGCUAGAACAAGUGAUACCGACUCUUCUUUGUAUGAGACUUAGCGACCCGGAUAUCAUUAACCGGGUUGUCAGGCUCUACAAGUCGAUGCUCCUCGAGAAGAAAUUCGGCUUGACUACCAACGUUAUGGCCACGAAGAUGAUACCAUCAUUAGCUCCGCAGACUGUCAAUCCGGCUUUGAACUUCGAUCAAUUCACGAAUCUUAUGAACAUCCUGUACGAAAUGCUGGACAACAUCGACACGCAUCAGCGUAUGAAGCUGAAAAUUGACAGCAUGCCGCUGCCGAGCCCCGAGCGGCACCGCCCGCUGCGCCACCAGAUAAGCACCGACAACAUGACGGUGCCGGCUUUCAACAUCCCCAACCUGCGUAUCGACCCGCGCAAGACAUCGAGCGCUGAGGACAUGGCCCGCAAGAACUCCAUGAGCGGCCCCAGCGGGACCGGCAGCGUUGGUGGCGGUACGGGCAUCGGACAAUGGAUCUUCGGAUCAAACAACUCAAACAACACUGACAACAACUACUUGCGCGUGACCAACGCGCUUCCUAAUCGCAGGCUUUCAGAUAACACUUUAAUGACCCCUAAGAUCCACAUUGCUCCCUCUUGCGCUUCGUCCCCAGGAGGCACCCCCGGAGGUACCACUGGGUUGCCCACACGUCGUCAUUCCAGCAUCGGACCGCAAGAGCGCCGUGGAUCUGCAGUUAAUUUGUCGCCACCGACUGGCUACCAGUACAGGGGGCGCGGCGGGUCAGGCUCGAGCCUGUCCGUGCCGUCGGCGUCCCAAUGCGUCGGCGGUUCAAUGCCAAAUACUUCGUCGAGUGUUCCAUUUUUGCUGACAUCAUCGAUGCAGUCGAUCCGCUCUCGGCGCCCGUCGGCUUGCUUGAGCAACUCGCAAGGGUCGAGCCUGCUGCAGCAGCUCAGCAGCGGCAUGGUAAGGCAUCUCCCGAUCGGCUCCCACAGCGGCGCCCAAGCCCAUGGCCCGCACUGGCACGCACUGCAGGGUGCCACGGCCGCCGGAUAUAACGCGAUACACAAUACAGCGAUGGCAGUGAGGAAGUGCCCCUCGCUGAAUAUUAAUCUCACACGUUAA